UACACAGACUGACAGUCACAGAAUGGAGAUGACUAUGUUUAUUCCACUGCUGCUGCUGAUCUGCUCUUUCUCCACGGCUCAGCUUCAAGAGGAGCCUGACAAUGAAAUGAUUCCACAUGGAAAACAGACUGAAUCCAGGGGAGGAGAACCAGCAAAUGCCUCUGAUCACCAACCAGCCUGUCCACAAGACAUUCAUGCUGUGCUGAGAGAGAUGAGCGUCUUGUUGGCUGAACAGAGGGUGGAGAUCAGUCACUUACAGAGAGAUAAUGAAGUACAAGUGGACAACUUGAAGCAGGAGAUCAGUCACUUACAGAGAGAUAAUGAAGCACAGGCAGCAAAGCUGGAGGUGCAGAAGACUGAGAUGGACAACUUGAAGCAACAGCUACAAGCCAAACAGGUGGCUUUCUCUGCCUCUCUGUUGGCUUCAGGUACAGGAGAUGUCGGACCGUUUAACACACAGACUGCUCUGGUCUUCAGACACGUCGUCACAAACAUUGGAAACGCCUACAACCCAAACACAGGGUUUUUCAUUGCACCAGUGAGAGGAGCCUACCACUUUGAGCUCUACAUAGGUGCAUAUGGACAUAAUUCAUAUCCUUCAGGUGCUUGGUUGGUCAAGAAUGGAGAACAUAUUUUUAUGGCAUAUGAACAUCAAACUAACGGUUAUGGGACUUCUGCCAAUGGUGCCACACUGCUUCUAGAGGUUGGAGAUGUUGUGUUUUUGCGUCAGCAACACACCACAAGGAUACAUGACAAUGGAAAUCACCACAGCACCUUCAGUGGUCAUCUGCUUUUCACCAUGUGAGAAAGAAACAGUCCUUUUUCUUCACACACUGUAGCAGUGUACCAGUCUUUGUU